AUGAGCAAAGUUUCUUUUCGAACUCGUCAAAUUGACUAUAACCGAACACUUUCAAUUAUCAGAUAUGAUUCUCAGCAGUAUCAGGAGCUUGGUGAGGGGGCCUUCGUCAGUCGCGGAGUCCCUACCGUUCCUAGUGGGAUGGAACGCGAAGAAGAAAAUGAGCAUCACUUCAUCGAGGUGCUUCAGGCGAUGCAAAGACAAAAGACGUCGGAGGUAUCUAUUCCGGUGCCUGAGAUAAUUGAAAUGAACGAGGAGUACGAGAGCACAUAUACAGCGGAUUUCGCUAUCCCCGAUAAUCUUAUUCACGUAUGUACGGCAUUUUUGAACGACGACGAACAAAUUGAGUAUGAUAUGGACGCCGAAGACGAACGAUGGCUCUCUCGAAGUGGUCUUGAUCUCACUCCUAGCGGUUUUGAGUACAUGAUUGAGAGAAUGGAGCGAAAUUGCAGUCAAAAGAAGUGGCUAACGCUAGAUGAUGUCAAGCACAUUCUUCAGGAUUUUUCUAUGCGUGAUAUUAUCGCUGUUUAUGAUUAUUGGCUUGAGAAGCGUUUACGUCAUCCCAAACCUCUCAUUCCAAUGAUAUUACAAGAAAAGAAGGAUGGGAGUACUAAUGAUGCCUACGUUGCUUUUCGUCGACGAACUGAGCGCAUGCAGACGAGGAAGAAUAGAAAGAAUGAGGAAUAUUCCUAUGAAAGAAUGCUCAUCUUCCAAUUAAUUAAUCAUAAGGGAAAAAAAAUUCCAAAACGCAUAGUCGAGCGUGAAAUGUGCAAAGCUGAUUUGAUUGAUAUUGACCGCCAGAUGUUCAAAUUGCGCUAUCAAUCUGAAGAUUGGGAUGGCUCAUUGCUGGAGGAAUCGAAUGCUAUUGCCUCUCGAAGUCCCAGAUCCUUUACUGUGGAGUAUGCAGACAAGCAUUUAAUGUCAAGGAAACGGAAAUCCUCUCCAAGGUCUUAUUUGAGAACGCCAUUUGACAAUGUUGAAGUUGCUGAACCAAAGGAUAAAGAGGUUGAACUAUUCCCGUUCAUUCGAUUGCCCGGCUGUAAAUAUCAAAAACCUAUGAAUUAUGAAGCCGAUGAAGGUGCCGGAGGAGGGUAUAGUUUAUCCCAAGUAGAACGUGUUCAUCGAAGUGUUCGGUAUAGACACACUGGCUACAUGCGUCAACGAUUUGGUAGAGGUGGUCGGCGGCGUAUCGACCGCAUGCAACUAUCGCCUGCUACUGUAGAUACCAAUAGAUACCUCCCUAACUCCUCCUCUCAAUCCCAACCUGAAAUUCAAGUUGUUGAACUUCAGCACUUCCCUAGUUCUGGCAUUUCGCUUCCGCAUCGUUGUAAUGAUUCUACCCUAAAUGCAACGCCUCUAAGUAGAAUUCACCCAAGUCUUUCCACUCCCUCCUUUACAAGUUUUGAUUCGUUCCUCCGUGGUCUUUCAAAAGACCAGUUAGCCCAUUACCUCAAAUGUUUAAUGAACGGUAACUGUCUUGUAUCGGCAGCUGAUAGCCGACCAGCUCAUAGAAAUAGCAUUUAUUCCUCCCCUGUACAAAAGAUCUCAGAUAGUGUUGAUGCAUCGCCGAGCCCUUCUUAUCAAAAACUAGAGGGGAAGCAGCUGACUGUCGUGUCAAAACCAAAUUACAGAAGCACCACUGGUGGCAGCAACCACAGACUCUCGGUGAAUAGCAACAGUGAUAACAAUGUUGGUGCCCCCCUCCAACCCGCUGUCGCUUCUGCCAAAGGUCGCAUAGUUCCAAUGCCUCUCACGAAUGGGAGAGGAUCAGCAAAUUCCUCUCCAAAAAAGGCAUUGGUAAACGGUGGCGGGACAUCACCCUACAUUGACGGUAACCUUACCCGGCUACCUGCCACCACUACUCCUGUUCGAAAGAGUAGCGCCCUAGCAACGAUGGUCAAGAACUCAAACUCUCAUCAUGAAGAUGGUACCACCGCCGCAUCAACAGACGGAAAAAGCAUAAUUCACCCCGUUGUGUACAAUGUCUAA